UUUCUUCCUUCCUUAUUUGCCUCCUUUCUUUCUUCCUUUCCACCUUGCUUGCUUUCCUUUUUCCUCUCCCUCCCUCUCUUGCUGUCAUUAUUGCUGCAAUGUUUAGGCUAUUUUCUCGCUUCACCUUGAAAGAAAGCUCCCAGGCAGCCAGCCUGUCUCCCGCGCCGCAACAAACCCAACUGUACCACCCCCUAGCCCGGGGAGGGGAGGAGUCUGCCUCAACAGAACUCAGUGUAUAACACUCUGCAGCCAGCCACAAUGUGUGUCAGAGGACUGUCUGUGCUCCCAAAGUAGAUGACUGCUCCAAAUCUGGUGUCUGUAUUACUGACUGCGAGAGACUACGAGAAAAAAUUGGUUCGCACAUUAUCAUCCCGAGUCAGGACGAGGUUUUUCGAUUGUGGGAUAGAAUGCCGGCGAUCAUAAGUAAAAACUCCGAUUUGGAGUUUGACUCCUUACAACCGUGUUUCUACCCGGAUGAGGACGACUUCUACUUCUGUGGUCCCGACUCUGCGCCACCGGGGGAGGACAUCUGGAAGAAAUUCGAGUUGUUGCCCACUCCGCCCCUCUCCCCGAGCCGAGCAGCGCUACCGGGGGAGCCGGCGACUGCCUCCCCGGAUGCAGACCCUCUGGGCUUCAGCUUAGGGGACCCACUGGACUGGGCUUCGGAGCUGCUGCUCUUACCCGAGGACGAUAUCUGGGGGGCGUCCGACGAUGGGGACCUGUUCGGCUCCGCUUUGGAUACUAACCCCAACAGCAUCAUUAUCCAGGACUGUAUGUGGAGUGGCUUCUCCGCCAGGGAAAAGCUGGAGCGGGUGGUCACGGAGAAACUCGGAAAGGCUAUUUCCACUGCCACUGGAGGCGGCAGGAACGUUUGCGUCAAGGCUCCGGAGGUGGUGAGCCGCAGCUCGGUGUCAGAGUGUGUGGACCCCACGGUAGUCUUCCCUUUCCCGGUCCACAAGAAGAACGGCAGCAGGGACUCAUCCGGGACCAUAAACACAUCAACAACCCAGGCGAGCGCAGCCAGUGACUCCGAGGAAGAUGACGAAGACGAUGAAGAAGAGGAGGAAGAAGAAGAGGAAGAGGAAGAGGAAGAGGAGGAGGAGGAGGAGGAAGAAGAGGAGGAGAUCGACGUGGUGACGGUAGAGAAGAGGCGCUCCACAAUCAACAAGGCGUCACCCAUGGCGACGGGAACAGUCACCAUCUCUGUACAUCCCAAGAGUCAAGACGCGAGGGGAAACGUAUCAGGGUCCGGCGUGGUGAGUCGGUUCAUCAGCCGAGCUCCUCAGGAGCUGAUCCUGAAGAGGAGCUCGGUCCACCAACAGCAACACAACUACGCAGCCCCCUCACCGUACGCCUCAGACGACGACCCUGCCCCACCUCCAAAGAAGCAAAAGACAUCAGAAACCCCUCGUCCUCCCACCAGAACCAUCUCCUCAUCCUCCUCAUCUUCCUCCACGUCCUGCAGCUCGUUCAGCAGCAUGUCAGGGUCUCGCAGCAAGCGCAGCGCCAGCGGAGACAGCAGCCCGCGCGGCAGCUCCGAUUCAGAGGACAGCGAGCGCCGGCGUAACCACAACAUCCUGGAGCGCCAGCGUCGCAACGACCUGCGCUCCAGCUUCCUGACACUGCGCGACCACGUGCCGGAGCUGGCGCACAACGAGAAGGCGGCGAAAGUGCUGAUCCUGAAGAAGGCCACCGAGUACGUGAGCUCGCUGGAGACAGAGGAGACGAGGCUCCAGCAGGAGAAGGACAGGCUCCAGGCCCGCAGGCAGCAGCUGAUGCGCAGGCUGGAGCAGGCCAGGACUCGCUAACAGACAACCACUACAACACAGAAACACUCACAUAUACCCUGGAUGACCCUCCCCUACCACUGCCUCAACUCAGUCUGAAACACACACACACACACACACACAAAGGUCUAUACACUUAAGCACAGACACAUAGGCCUGUAUAUCUGUUGUACACACACAAACAUCUCAGAGGACGUUUAUCUUCAACACACCUGGAGGAGGGCGGGCAGGGGGGCAGGGGGGGGGUUUGCUGGAGGGAUGCUCGGACUUUCACUGCCGCCACUUUUUUUGCACAUUUGUUGACGUUAAGAAUGUUUAGGGUUUACUUUUUCAAUCCAGUCACAUUGAGGAAAAAUUUUUUAAAAAAAGAAAAAAGAGAGAAAGAAAAGAAUGAGGAAGGAGAGACUCCUUGUUUUUGGUCUUCCCUUCCUCUGUUUUUUUUUUUUUUAUAUCAUUUCUAUUUGUAUCUGUUUUUUUUUUUUUUUUUUUUUUUUUUUUUUUUGUACUCACUGUGACACCAGCCUGGAAUCAGGUGAUUCCCACAGGGAAUGGGGGUGUCAGAGGGCACUUUGCUUGGAGAGUUCGCGUACAAGAAAGCAGUGCACACUUACUUUGCCUUCACCACUGCAAAAAACAAACAAACAAACAAACGAAACAAAAAAAAA